UGCCUAGAAACAAAUCGGUGCAAGUAGAAAUCCUAAUUCCUGCUGUUAUUUGAGACUGUGGAAUAUUUAUGGAUGUAAUGCACGACUCGGUACAAGCAUGUGGAUAUUAAUGAGAGGACAGAGAGGCCCACAUUGUGCUUCUUUAUCCCAAACUGAAAGAUAGCGGAUUGUUUACACUGUGCCAUGCACCUCCUGAUGAACAUCCACCAGCACAGAGGUCUUUUAGCCUCUUGAUAAACCCAGAGGAUGCUGGGAAUGUGUCGUGGGCGCAGGAAGUUCCUGGCAGCCACCCUGGCUUUGCUUUUCAUCCCGGCUCUCACCUGGCUCUACCUGACCGCUGCCAACUUUACAGUGAAGCCCUUGGCUCUGUCUCCACUGGAGCCUCAGUCCUCAACACUGGCUCUGGAGCUGCGGGUUCGAGAGGUGGAGGAGGAGAAUCGAGCUCUGAGGAGAGAACUGAGCCAGCUGCCCAGAAGUCUUACCCAUAAUAACCAGCACAGUAAACAGCGGAACAAUGGACACCAUGGGAACCAGUCCCAGCCUCACUCCACUGAAGAGGGUACCGGUGACAGUGAAGCUCAGAAAGCGUUCUCCAAAAGCAAUGGAUCCAGCUGCAUCCAGCAGCCUGUUGUGGACAAAUGUGAGACCAUUCACGUCGCCAUCGUGUGUGCGGGCUACAACGCAAGCCGAGAUGUGGUGACGCUGGUCAAGUCUGUGCUGUUUCAUAGACGGAACCCUCUCCACUUCCAUUUCAUCACAGACUCCAUUGCCAAGCAGAUCCUGUCCUCCCUCUUCCAAACCUGGAUGGUGCCAGCUGUUCGAGUGGACUUCUAUGAUGCAGAUGAAUUAAAAUCUGAGGUGUCGUGGAUCCCUAACAAGCAUUACUCUGGCAUCUAUGGACUGAUGAAGCUGGUUCUGACCAAGACGCUGCCCACAGACCUGCAGAAAGUCAUCGUUCUGGAUACCGACAUCACCUUCGCUACAGAUAUCGCUGAACUGUGGGCCGUCUUUCACAAGUUUAAAGGUCAGCAGGUGUUGGGGUUGGUGGAGAAUCAGAGCGACUGGUAUUUGGGGAACCUGUGGAAGAACCAUCGACCGUGGCCUGCCCUCGGCAGAGGCUUCAAUACUGGUGUGAUUCUGCUGCUGCUGGAUCGUUUGAGGAAGCUCAGAUGGGAGCAGAUGUGGAGACUGACAGCAGAGAGAGAGCUGAUGAGCAUGCUGUCUACAUCUCUAGCAGAUCAGGACAUCUUUAACGCUGUGAUCAAACAGAACCCCUUCCUGGUGCACCAGCUGCCCUGCUUCUGGAACGUCCAGCUGUCUGAUCACACCCGUUCUGAGAAGUGCUACAGAGACGUGUCCGACCUCAAGGUGAUCCACUGGAACUCUCCUAAGAAGCUCCGGGUGAAGAACAAGCACGUGGAGUUCUUCAGGAACCUUUAUCUGACCUUUCUGGAGUAUGAUGGGAACCUACUUAGGAGGGAGCUGUUUGGCUGCCCCAGUAAGACCGACCACAACAGUGAAAAUCUUCAGAAGACUCUGCUGGAGCUGGAUGAGGACGACCCAUGCUACGAGUUUCGGCGUGAGCGCUUUACUGUGCACCGUACACACCUUUACUUCCUGCACUACGAGUACGAAACCAGCACUGACCAGACAGAUGUUACCCUCGUGGCCCAGCUCUCCAUGGACAGGCUGCAGAUGCUGGAGGCCAUCUGUAAACACUGGGAAGGUCCCAUCAGUCUGGCUCUGUACCUGUCUGACGCCGAGGCACAGCAGUUCCUGCGUUACGCUCAGGGCUCCGAGGUGCUGAUGAGCAGAAGCAACGUGGGGUAUCACAUCGUCUACAAAGAGGGUCAGUUCUACCCCGUCAACCUCCUACGCAACGUUGCACUGAAACGGGUCAACACGCCCUACAUGUUCCUGUCCGACAUCGACUUUCUGCCCAUGUAUGGACUCUACGAGUACCUCAGGAAGUCUGUGGUACAGCUGGACAUGGCACACACUAAGAAAGCUCUGGUGGUGCCUGCAUUUGAGACACUUCGUUACCGACUGUCCUAUCCUAAAUCCAAGGCGGAGCUUUUGUCCCAGCUAGACAUGGGUGCACUCUUCACCUUCAGGUAUCAUGUAUGGACAAAAGGACACGCUCCGACUAACUUUGCUAAAUGGAGGACAGCCACGACACCAUACAGAGUGCAGUGGGAGGCUGACUUUGAGCCGUACGUGGUUGUGAGGAGGGACAGUCCUGAGUACGACCGCAGGUUUGUGGGGUUCGGCUGGAACAAAGUGGCCCACAUUAUGGAACUGGAUGCUCAGGAAUACGAGUUUGUGGUGUUACCCAAUGCCUACAUGAUCCACAUGCCUCACGCACCGAGCUUCGACAUCACCAAGUUCAGAUCAAAUAAACAAUACCGGGCCUGUCUCAAGACUCUGAAAGAGGAGUUUCAGCAGAACAUGUCCCGUCGCUAUGGAUUUGCAGCUCUUAAAUACAUGACUGUUGAUAACAAUAGCUAGCGAAAUCACAUCCCUUCUUACUGGUACCAUUAGGUAUCACGUAGUAAGGUGGCAUAUCAGGCUAAUACGGACUAAACUGUCUGAUAACCACCUGACCCCUGAGAUGGUCAGAUUCAACCAGGCGUGUGUUUUUCCAAUCUGUCAUUCAGGGAGUUGCCAGGUUGGGCUUUUUUGUGACAGGAUUUAAAUCAUCAGGACAGCACUCGCACGCUUCCUAAAACAAUCUAUCUAGUGGGCAUUUGGCUGGCAGAAACAAGUACAAGGUCAUUUCUGUCUUGGUGACCCUGAUAUGACCUGGUUUAAGCACAGAUUGUAUCACUGCAGGGACUUCAGGACAGACUGUUGGACUGAAUUUGAUAAUGUCUUUGGAAGAACUCUGUAAAAGCUUAAAUCUGAAGUUGUUCUUGAUUAUUGGGCAGUUUUUUUUUUUUGCAGUAUUAGAUUUUAAACUACUGAGUGCUGCAGCAGAACCACAAUCAGGCAUUAAUCUAGUAAACACAGUAGUGAUCACAAGUGUGUACAGAAGUAAAAGUGUGAAUAACAUGAUGUUUACAUAUUCUAGAGAAGAGAUCAUACAGUUGUUAAUUUUUAUACGUCUUUAUGAAUUCACUUUUCUAAAAAAGUGUGGUGAAUACAUUGUGACUAAUGCAUUUUAAUUAACCAGGGUGAGUUUGGAUUAAAGUUGCUGUCACGUUAAUUUUGUUAAAACUCAGAACAGUAAACAAAUAAACCAACACCUUUACCAACAGGCCAGUACAGUAUGGACAACAGGUACAUCAUACCUAUAGCGCAAAUACAUUUUGCAAGUAAAACCUGGUGUAAACUUCCAAUAUGCUGGACCCACUAAUUCACAUCUUGUCUAUGUCACUCUCUAAAACAUCGGGCGGCAUGGUGGCUAAGUGGGUCCCCAGGUGGGGCAGUCCGGGUUCUCCCUGUGUCUGCGUGGGUUUCCUCCGGGUGCUCCGGUUUCCUCCCACAGUCCAAAAACAUGCAAAUGAGGUGAAUUGGAGAUACAAAAUUGUCCAGGACUGUGUUCGAUAUAAACUUGUAAACUGAUGAAUCUUGUGUAAUGAGUAACUACUGUUUCUGUCAUGAAUGUAACCAAAGUGUAAAACAUGAGGUUAAAAUCCUAAUAAACAAACAAAACUCUAAAAGAUCAGUUCUUGCUGAAAUGGAGGAAGCGC